GGACUGGACCCCCAAGCCCUCCUUCCAUGCCCCAGGCCUGCUCUAGGGGACACCCACCUGGCCAGUGCCCAUGAGAAGAGCAGAGGAAGGAAGAGCUAAACCCCAGCUGCGCUCCUGAGCCAGGGCCAGGGCUCCCCGUGAACCGGCUGCACGCUCCAGCUCCGCAUGCCUAAUAGGCUAUUUAAGGAGCUGUUCGCCAGCAACCCAGGCAGCACCCCACCACCACCACGUACACUCAUCCAGAGCCACCUUAAAAGCGGGAGGCAAUUGUGAAGUCACCGGCCAGCAAGUGGAGUGAAGACUGUAGAGGUAGAUUAAAUAAGAGAGAGAGGAAGCGAGACAUUUGUCCCAGGGAUCCCAAACCCUACGCUAUCCUGAAAACCAAAUCCCCUGGAAGCCCACAGAGACACAGAGACAGCUAGAGAAAAAGAGAUAAAUAAAAUCAGCUCAGCUCCAAGAAACUCCUCUCUCACUCUUUCCCGCUCUGUCCCUCCCUCCCUCUCUGUCGUCCCCCCCCCCCACCCCCGUUUCUUGGCCAACCCUAGCCCUCUAUUCCCCAAACUCCCAGUACCUGCUUCUUCCGGGGAUACCAUGUUGUUCUUCACUCUCCUGCUGGAGGUGAUUUGGAUCCUGGCUGCUGAAGGGGGUCAACACUGGACAUACGAGGGCCCACAUGGUCAAGACCACUGGCCAGCCUCUUACCCUGAAUGUGGAAGCAAUGCCCAAUCCCCCAUCAAUAUCCAGACAGACAGUGUGACUUUCGAUCCUGAGUUACGUCCCCUGCAGCCCCAUGGAUAUGACCAGCCUAGCACUGAGCCUUUGGACCUGCACAAUAAUGGCCACACAGUGCAACUCUCUCUGCCCUCUACCAUGUAUCUGGAGGGACUUCCCCGAAAAUAUGUAGCUGCCCAGCUCCACCUGCACUGGGGCAAGACAGGAUCACUGGGUGGAUCAGAGCACCAGAUCAACAGUGAAGCCACCGCUGCUGAGCUCCACAUUGUACAUUAUGAUUCUGAUUCCUAUGACAGCUUGAGUGAGGCUGCUCCAAAGCCCCAGGGGCUGGCUGUCUUGGGCAUCCUCAUUGAGGUGGGUGAGACCAAGAAUCCAGUUUAUGAACACAUUCUGAGUCACUUGCAUGAAAUUAGGCAUAAAGAUCAGAAGACUUUGGUGCCUCCCUUCAACGUGGGAGAGUUGCUCCCCCCACGGCGGGACCAGUUCUUUCGCUACAACGGCUCACUCACCACACCCCCCUGCUAUCAGAGUGUGCUGUGGACAGUCUUCAACCAAAGGGCUCAGAUCUCGGUGGAACAGCUGAAAGAGCUUCAGGAGACGUUGUUUUCCACGGAAGAGGAGCCCUCUAAGCUCCUGGUACAGAACUACCGAGCCCCCCAGCCUCUCAAUCAGCGAACAGUCUCUGCGUCUUUCAUCCAAGUGCAAUCCUCCUAUACUACAGGCGAAAUGCUGAGUCUAGGAGUGGGAAUCUUAGUUGGCUGUCUUUGCCUUCUACUGGCUGUUUAUUUCAUCGCUAGGAAGAUCCGGAAGAAGAGGCUGGGAAAUGGGAAAAGUGUGGUCUUCACCUCAGCACCAGCCACAGAGGCGUAGAUCCCCUCUCCCGACCCCCAACCCCCGCCCCAUUGCCAACAUCAUGGAUGCCUUCCCCUUGUGCCAAUCGGAGAGCUUCUAAAAUGAGGUGCAGGGGCUGGUCAGAAAAUACUCUAAGAGUAGUGGGCAGAGACACCUCCUUCCUCCAGACAGCCCCUACAGAGAGGCACAGACAGGCACUGGUUCAUGGACUAAGCAGAGCCUUCGACCUCUCGAAGUGUACAGAUCAGGACAACCCUAUGUUGACAAUGCAGAUGGCAAAUUGUGUUUAGCUGUGGAGGAAGUUGGGGAUGUACCUCCCAAAGUCCUCCACCCCCUUACCUUUAUGUCUUUUCCCCCAGAUAUAGGGCAGGACCUCCCCUUAGGAAAAAGAGCUGCUGCUGUUGGGGGUUUAUUUUUCUUUUUUCUUUUUUUUUUUUUUUUUUGCUCAAUAUAUCUGGAAAUGAAAAUUUCUAAUCCCACCUCUGGUCUUCCUUUGGGGCUCUUGAGAGUGGAGGAGUUCCUUAAUCCCUCAGGUGGCAGAGGUUGGCAAAGGACAGGGGAAAAGAAGCAUAGGUAAAUGACUCUUUUUACCCCAGUCCAGCAAGGGGAGAUCUGCCUCUGGAAAAUACUUAACCCAAAGUUCCUGACAUGUGAGAGCGCCAGCCCAGAUUUCUGUCCUCAUACCAAAGCUAUGCUGGAGGGAAUCAGAGGUUGCCAGAUAAGGCAGGAGGUUGGAUAAGAGAUGUGGGAGGGCAGAGGUUUCGAUUAACAUGUUAUCCCCUCCCUUAAAAGCCAAGUUCCCCCACAAUUAUAAAGUCCUUUUUAUUAGUCAAAAUCACAAUCACCUUGAUUAAAAGGAUGCAAUAUGCCAUCCUCAGCAGAAAAUGGUACAGUUUAUAGAAAACCU